AUGAUAAAGAAAAUGUCUUCGUGCGAAAACGCCUUUGACAUACCGGCCAAAAACUGCCACAGGAUGGUCAUUCUUGGCUCCACGAAAGUUGGGAAGACCGCCAUAAUCUCUCGGUUUCUCAAUGAAAGAUUUGAUGAGCAUUAUACACCAACAAUUGAGGACUUUCACAGAAAAUUCUACAGUAUCCGGGGACAAGUCUAUCAACUGGACAUUUUGGAUACGUCUGGAAAUCACCCGUUCCCAGCAAUCAGGAGACUUUCUAUUCUAACUGGUGAUGUGUUCAUCUUGGUAUUUAGCCUGGACAACAGGGAGUCGUUUCAGGAGGUGCAGCGUCUGAAGCGCCAAAUCCACGAGACCAAGUCCUGCCUCCGAAACAAGACCAAAGAAAACGUGGACGUCCCGCUGGUCAUCUGCGGCAACAAGAGCGAUAGAGACUUUUACCGCCAGGUCCAGGACGAGGAAAUCGAGAAGCUUGUUGGGGGAGACGAGCACUGUGCGUAUUUUGAAAUCUCAGCCAAGAAAAACAUCAACGUGGACCAAAUGUUUCAAACUCUCUUUACAAUGGCCAAACUGCCCAACGAAAUGAGCCCCGACCGUCACUGUAAAGUCACCCUGCAGUACAGCGAGGUGUUGCACAGAAAGUCGUUCAGGAGCAAGAAAUGCAAGGACGGGAACGCGUACGGCAUCGUGGCUCCGUUUGCGCGCAGACCCAGCCUGCACAGCGACCUGAUGUACAUCAAAGAUAAGGCCGUAGGGGGCAGUCAAACUAAAGAAAAGGGAUGCAUCAUCUGCUGA